CCAUUUUACGCAGGUUUAUUGUUUCCAUUUUAUGGCAGUAUGAAAUAGGCUAUCGAUUUAACUUGUCCUAUUUCAACUUUGGCCAAGAUUGGAUUUUUUAAACGAGCAGUGGCCGGGCAUAUCUCCGACACGGACCCGCCUGGGAGCAGAGAGGAGCAGAGAGGAGCAGAGGAGUAAAGGAUCACAGGGUUGUGUGUGAGUCUGCAGGUCGGAGUGCGCAAAGCAACGCGCCUCCGUGAUUCAUCCGCAGUUCUCCAGACGGUGCGCAGGUGGAGGCGAAGAGGAGAAGAGGAGAAGAGGAGAAGAGGAGAGAGGGAUGCAGACGGACGUGGAUGAAAAGCACCAGAGGAUGUUCAAUACGCGCAACAUUUCUUCCACCUAAACUGUGUUUCUUCCUCUCCACCCCCUCUCUUCGGUGUUGCAUUGAUUUUGGAACAUCUGGCUCCAUUUUGGCGCAUCUGUAAACCUCAUUUUUUUUUCUCCUCCGUGACAAAAGUUUGAAAAAAAAUGAUGCUCUGCUCUGCUCCUGUUUUUUCACGCAAUGCUGUGGAUUCCGGCGUCAGCGUAAGUGACCAGUCAUCACUUGAUGAAAUAGCUGCGAUUCUUUUCGCUCUUUAAUUUCGGUGCCAAUUCAUUCCAACGAAACAAGAGAAGAGAGGGCUUUUGUUAUUCUCGCUCAUCAUCAUCGCUUCGCCACCAGGAUUGCAUCGAUUUGAAUUAAUGUCGCACUCCAUAAUGGACUUCCUCGGACUGUACUUCUUACAGCUGGCUCUCAUCGGAGUCCCACGCAUGGCGCUCUCUGCAGGCGGGAGGGACUGCCUGCGUGCCGGAGACACCUGCUCCAGCGACGACACCUGCAGCCCGCGCCUGCGCACCCUCAGGCAGUGUGUGGCGGGGGACGGCAGCGUGAAGCUGGGGCCCGGGGCGCGGAACCAGUGCGAGAAUGCCAUGACGGCACUGCUGUCCACUCCUCUGCACGGCUGCCAGUGUAAACGAGGCAUGAAGAAGGAGAAGAACUGCCUGAGCAUCUACUGGAGUCUGCAUCAGUCUGUGCUGCACGGACUCAACUUGGUGGAGGACUACCCGUAUGAACCGGAGGAGAGGGGCUCCGACUACGUGCGUCUGGCCUCUAUUGCUGCAGAGUCUGAAGUAACAACGGUGAACCGCUGCCUGGAUGCUGCCAAGGCGUGUAACAUAGACGAGACGUGUCAGAAGCUUCGCACGGAGUACGUCUCGUCCUGCAUCCAGCCGUCGGCCCGCUCGGGGCCGUGUAACCGACCGAAGUGCAACAAGGCGCUGAGGAAGUUCUUUGACCGCGUCCCCCCCGACUACACCCACGAGCUGCUGUUCUGUCCCUGCACUGACACGGCCUGCUCGGAGCGCCGCCGGCAAACCAUCGUGCCGUCCUGCUCCUACGAAGACAAGGAGAAGCCCAACUGCUUGGCCCAGCUGAGGAUCUGCAAAGCCGACUACGUCUGCAGGUCUCGCUGGGCACAGUUCCAGUAUGAUUGCCAACCUUCCGAGCAGAGCGCCAGCGGCUGCAAGCAGGAGAACUACGGAGCGUGUCUACUUGCGUACACCGGCCUGAUUGGAAGCACUGUAACUCCCAACUACCUUGACAACUCCACAUCCAACGUGGGACCCUGGUGCUCCUGCGCGGCGAGCGGCAACCACCGGGAACAAUGCUCCGACUUCCUCACUUCCUUCCACGACAACUUCUGCCUGAAAAACGCCAUGCUGGCCUUCGGGAACGGAUCGGAUUCGAAAACGGGCGCCAGCCAGCCCGGGAUGCCCAGUCCGGCGACGGACAACCAGAUCCCGCACUCGGCAACCACCGCCCCGGGCGUCUCCAUGGAAACAGAGCAGAACAUUCUGAGAGCACAGAUACCUACUCAGGUAAACGAGAACGACAGAUUGUGGGGGGACGAAGGAGACUCAACUCUUCCCUCUCCAGGCUUGUCUGACCGCGGAGCCGAGCCCGUCCGCCUGUCCUUGCUGCUGGGCCUCGGUUGGCUGCUCCUGCUGCUGCUCUCCGACCAAUAAGAUGCCACGCUCACCUGGCCUCCAUGGACAAAACUCCAGACCUGGGGUGGGGUUGGGUGGAGGGGUUGGUGUGAGAGAGAGAGAGAGAGAGAGAGAGAGAGAGAAAGAGCCAUUACUACGUGUCAAAUGACGGUGGGGGAAAGGGUGGACUCUGUCCUGCCCCGCUCCCCUCUCCCUCUCCGUCACAAAAAUCACACUUAAUCUCUUUUUUGUGAAUCAUGACUCAGAGCAGAUGUGUUGUGCAGCCCACGCCCUUGACAAGACCGCCGGAGAGGGUGCCACUACCGCACCACAGGGGGUUUGGGAGUGGAGGGGACCAGGAAGUACACACCUCAUUUCACGCCUCCCCAAAUACAAACUGUUACACAUGCAAACUUUGCUCAUAUGAAAAUAACGUCCAAGCCACAGUGGAUUCAGAAGGUGUACAGUGAAGAGACACUGACGAUGCAGUGAGGGAAAACUCUAAAAAAACAUAUAUAUUAAAAAGAAAAAAAAAAGAUUUUCUUUGUCCCUGAACAUUCCUUGGUGUAAAAGAAAAAUAUUAAAUGUUAAGUCUCAGAUGAAGUGUUACAUGAGAUUUAAGGUGGAUGUGUGUGUUUGUCCACAUGCAGCACUCUGCUCAUUCAGCUUUGCUCUUUAUUAUAACACUUUUUGUUAUUUUUUAUUAGACAUGAUUUUGUUACCCAGAAUGUUAGAUGGAAGCACAUAAUAUAUAGUUAUACUCGAGACAAAUCACAAUGAGAUUCUUUGUUUGUUGUUGUGUUUUAAGUUGCAGGAUGAAGAGUUCAUUUCCAAAUAAAGAUAUAGAAUGAAUUAAGUUGAAAUUUAACAGUCAAAUAAGAUUAAGAUGAUUUCCCAAAGUGUGUUUAAGUGUUUUAUUUUGUCAAAGAAGGACCUACAUUACUUCCUAUGUAAUUUGUUUUAAUUUUGUAAGAGUCGAUGUCACUUUUCACAGAUGGUGGAUACCUCACUUUGGAAGGGAACUCUUCAUAUAUUCAUGCAUAAAGCUUCAAGUGUGAGGCCCUGACAAAUGUUUGGGUUUGUUCCUCUUCAGAAAUGUAAAAAAUCUAAACAAAAAAAUUGUGGUUUUGGUGACGCAACAAGAGAUGGAAACGAGUUUAUAUUUUUUAACUGUAUGUGGACUUUGCCGCAGAGAAAACAGAUAUCUAUCGACAAGUUUGUGACCAAUCAUGCGUUGCCGUUUUGCCGGGAGGACUGGCGGGAAAACAGACGGUGUGGCUUUUGAUGCAUGAACGGAUGCAUCUGUCUUUUGAGAGACUUGUGAGAAGAAAAAGUGGUGACCCAUGUUGGCCCGCUACUAGCUGGGACUCUUUGCUCGACGUGGGGACGCCAGAGGAUUUACAAUAUGUACUGUGAAAGCACAGCUCUGCUUUGUGAAGCGGACGCGUCUAUGAAAAGUGUCGAGACCGAGGUUUGGUUAGGCGCAAGCGCUCUUAACGAGGAAUGUGUCAUCUUCAAUACUGCCAUUGAAUUCAGUUAACUGAAGAAACACUGAUUUGUUUCGCUGCAUUAUCAAAUGACACAUAUGCUAUCUUUAACACCAAGACGGAAAACAUGUUGCCCCGGGCUACAAGCAGACGAGAUGAAAAUGACACAUUCUAGUUCAAGUUGGACCUAAAAAAAAACUCACAAUAUAAGCUCAUAAUAUUGUCAUAACAGCACAAUACUUGUUGGAUUUUGCCUGCCAAGUUCUACAGGAAGGAAAAAAAACGUGUUAAUUCUUCCUCACUGAUGUCCGUGUAGUUUUGAAAUGAGACCCCAAAUGGGUUUUAACAGGGUUAUUGUAAGGAUCUGACAAACACAAACGGCUGGCUUAAAGGGGCAGUUCACUCAAAUCACAAAUAUUUUCUCACUUACCCUCAGUGGUACUGAGACAUGCAGAUAUUUUUGGUUUCAUUUGCCCAGGUUUUGAGAUAUUGUUCUGAGAUUGCUGCUGCCAUUCAAAUACAAUAAAGAUCAUUCAAUUGUUUCUUUGUAAA